AUGGCUUCGACUGACGGCAUUGACUCUCGUUGGCUAGAUGCCAACGGGGAUGAGCCCAUUGCCAUCAUUGGAUCUGCCUGCCGGUUUUCAGGCACUGCUUCCAAUGAGGAUGGUCUCUGGCAGAUGUUGUCAAGCGGGAGGACUAGCUGGGCUAGCAAUGCCAGAAACCGAUUCAAGAUUGAGUCGUUCUGGCACCCCCAGGCUCAUCUCCCCGGCUCGACAAACGCUCGGGGCGUUCAUCUGCUUCACCAGGAUCCAGCUGUCUUUGACAAUGACUUCUUUGGCAUCAGUGGAGUUGAAGCCAAAGCCAUAGACCCUCAGCAGAGACUCAUGCUCGAGGUGGCCUACGAGACUUUUGAGAAUGCCGGCAUUCCCCUGGAUCGACUCGAAGGAUCAAAUACAGGCGUUUUCUGUGCCGUGUCAUACACAGAUUACGAUCAAAUCCUUGGUCGCGAUCCGGAGACGUCACCAAUGUACCGCUUCACAGGGACCGGCCCGUCUCUCACAUCCGCCCGUGUGUCCUAUGCCUUUGACUUGCACGGACCUAGUAAAUCCGUCGACACGGCCUGCUCUAGCGCCCUGGUGGCCGUACACGAUGCCAUCCAAGCUCUUCGAGCUGGCGAUGCUGACCAAGUUCUGGUGGGGGGCUCUAAUCUAAUUCUGGACCCUGACAAGAUGUCCAUCAUUUCGUCCAUGCAGUUCCUCUCCCCUGACGGCCGAUGUUAUUCCUUCGACUCUCGCGCGAGCGGGUAUGCCCGAGGUGAAGGUGUAGUUGCCAUUCUCCUCAAACCCCUUAGCGCAGCUCUUCGGGAUGGCGAUACAAUUCGAUCCGUCAUCCGUGGUAGUGCAGUUGUGUCCGAUGGCAAAACCCCGGGCAUCACAAUGCCAUCGCCAGUCAGUCAAUAUGCAACUAUUCAACGCGCUUACAAGACAGCUGGACUUGAUCCCAGGGAGACGGUUUACGUGGAAGCUCACGGAACUGGUACCAAUGCCGGAGACAAUUGCGAGGCAACUGCUUUUAAUAAGGCAUUUUGCUCGGACAGGUCUGACAAGCUUAUUAUCGGUAGCGUCAAGUCCAACUUGGGCCACACCGAAUGUGUGUCAGGAUUGGCGGGUUUAGUCAAAGUACUUCUGAUGCUUGAGAAGGGAGGGAUUGUUCCGACUCCUACCUUUGAGCAUGCAAAUCCUAGGUUGGAAUUGGAUUCACGAGGGCUAGAGGUUGCAUCCAAGUUCCAAGAGUGGCCAGAAGGGCAGCUCCGCCGCGCAUCCAUAAAUGGGUCUGGUUAUGGGGGUACGAAUACCCAUGUCAUUCUGGAAGCUUGGACAGAACCCGCCAAGACAGCAGAACCAACACCAAUAGUUGAGACAAGGGUAACGCGUGGCGCAAUUACUACCGAAUCUCCAAACAAAGGCUCCAAAGUCUUUGUAUGGAGCCACCAGCGGGAAGAUGGCUUCGCCAAGCUGGCCAGUAUGUGGAAGAGAUUCAUUUUGACGAGCAAGGCAAACCGUCAACAGUUGUCUCUGGAUGAUUUGGCUUUUACGCUGUCAUCUCGGAGAUCCCGAUUCUCUCAGAGAGCUGCCUUUGUUGCAUCCAACAUUGACCAACUCCUAGAAGGGCUCAGAGAGAUUGAGCUGGGAUCAAUCCGCCCUGUCAAAGCAUUGACGGAUGCGCGAACGUGUUUCAUCUUCACCGGCCAGGGAGCGCAGUGGGCGCGAAUGGGCUUGGAGCUUCUCUCCUACCCAGUCUUUGCUGAGUCCAUGCGGAAAGCCGAAAGAGAGCUCAUCCGCAUGGGUGCAACUUGGCGCUUAGUUGAUGAAUUGAGGAAAACCAAGGAGAAUUCCCGUAUCAAUGACGCAGAGUUAGCGCAGCCAUGCUGUACAGCUAUCCAGGUCGCAUUGGUGGAUCUUCUUGCCUCAUGGGGCGUGCAUCCCGAUCUGGUUUGCGGUCAUUCGAGUGGAGAAAUUGCAGCAGCAUAUGCUGCUGGAAGCUUAACCGCAUCGGACGCUCUCAAGGUGGCCUAUCACAGGGGCAAAUCCGUAUACUAUCUCAAGCUAAAGAAGGGCAUGAGGCAAGGUGGGAUGCUUGCUGCAGGCCUAUCAGAGACUGAUGCGCAAAAGUAUCUAUCAAAGUACAGUGAGCAGACGGUCAAUGUGGCAUGCAUCAACAGUCCUACCAGUGUGACACUGUCUGGUGAUGCUGCAGCCAUUGAUGAGAUCGCCUCCAAAUUGGAAGAAGAUGGUGUCUUCAACCGAAGAUUGGCUGUCCCAGUAGCCUACCAUUCUUCUCACAUGGCUGCUAUUGGAGAAUUCUACCUUGCAGCGCUGGAGAAGCUUCAACCUCGCCAGUUCAAACCGAGUGUGCGAAUGGUGUCUUCAGUCACUUGUGAUGAGGUUGACGGCAGUGAGAUGGACGGUGCAUACUGGGUUUCUAACCUGCUUCGCCCCGUUCGCUUCUCGCCAGCUUUGUCCAAGGUUCUCAGUCUCCCUGUGAAGGGUAGUUCCUCGUCUGCGCUGCCACCCACUGUUAUGGUUGAGCUCGGCCCUCACUCAGCUCUUCAGGGGCCUGCUACUCAAAUAGCAAAAACCAUUACGGGAUUACCUUCAGUAAACUAUUUCUCCUGUUUGAAGAGGAAUCAGGACGCAGUUCAGAGCGCACUGUCGCUUGCUAGUGGCUUGUUCACUCACGGCCUUCCCAUUGCACUCACAGGCGUCAACAACCCCUUGGGUGUCCACACAAAGGUUCUGACCAACUUGCCGUCAUAUAGCUGGAAUCAUAGCAAGGCGCACUGGAACGAAUCCCGAAGAAGUCAGGCGUACCGUACGCGAAAGUUCCCCCGCCAUGAUCUUCUGGGAUCUGCUGCAGCCGAUAGUAUCAGCGCUGAGCCGUCUUGGAGAAUGUUUAUCAGGCUUUCUGAAAUGCCAUGGAUCAAAGGCCAUCGCAUUGAUGGUCAGAUUGUGUUCUCCGCAGCUGGUUUCCUGACCAUGAUUGUGGAGGCCUUGAAGCGCCAGGCCAAUACUUUGCAACGCCCAUGGAAGAACAGAGUAAUAGAGUUUAAGCAAGUCGUCAUCGAUAGACCUCUUCUUAUACAGGAUGAUGCAUUUGGAGCCGAAGUCUUUACCCUUCUGCGUCCUUAUUCGGUGACAUCUCGUGAUUCGAGCUUGAAGUGGCAAGAAUUUCGAAUCUACAGUGUCUCCCAGAACAAUGAAUCUACGGAGCACUGUCGAGGAUUGAUUACUCUAUCAGAGAAUAUGGGAAGACUAAGAACCGGCUCAUCUUCUACAGUCGUCUCAUCUCGGGUGGGUGAUGGCUCUGAUGAGUGGACACAACUAGAGUCAAAGCAGCUUUACAAGCUUCUUAGUUCUUCAGGAAACGACUACUCUGGGUGCUUUGCAAACCUUGAUUACAUCUCAGCCCGUGCUUGGGAGUCUAACUGUGAGCUGACUAUUCCGGAUGUGAAAGCCACAAUGCCCUCGGCCCACCAAGAGCCGCAUCACAUACAUCCCACGACACUUGAAGGCUGCUUCUUGGCAUGUCUCCCCGGCGUGAAUUUCGCGAAUAGCUUGGACGGUCCUCAGGUCGUCGCUGCUAUUGAUGAGCUUUGCAUCUCUACAGACGUGGAUCUCGUACCUGGACGAAAAGUUUCCAUUACGGCUAGGACGAACCCCUAUGGAUUGAGGCAGCACUCUUCCGACAUAUUCGUUACUGAGUUUGACAGUGCAGACCGUGUCAUACUUCGUGUUGGAGGGAUCAAAUUCUCGUCUCUGGGUAGCUAUCAGCAAGCUACCAGCCAGGACGAUGACCCCCUGUGUCAUAAGGUCGAAUGGCUCAUGGAUCCGUUUUCCUCUCCAAGAGAAGCUGUGGCCAAGUAUUGCCAAAGAGAUUUGGUUUAUAGAAAUCAGCACCUGCGGAGAACUUGUGAUCCAGUUUCUCUUGGCAUCAUCCGAGAUACUCUUGCUCAAAUUUCAAACGAGGAUAAGCCAUCAAUUACUCAUCAUUUGCGACGUUUCUACGGCUGGAUGCAAGAGCAAGAUAUUUCAAUCGCUCCGUUGACCAAUUCCAAUGACCAAGCGCUGAGUGCGGCAGGCCAAGUGUUGAACCAACUUGGACCCCAUUUAGCUGACAUUCUGCGAGGGAGCCAAGACACAAUGUCUGUCUUCUCAGAUACGGAGCUAUUGCGUCGCCUUUACUCGGAAGACGAUUGCUUCAAUAGAUGCCACAUACAGCUCGCCGAAUAUCUCAAGUUGCUUCAAUACAAGGUGCCGAAUCUGCGUAUUCUAGAAGUCGGUGGGGGAGAUGGCGUCUUGACUUCUGCACUUCUUGAAACCCUCUACGGGGAAAAGCGUGACUAUGCUACUACCCGAGGCACAUACGUUUUCACAGAUGUUUCCGAUAUUCAUACUUCCAAAGCUCAAGAGACGAUGAAGGUGUUUGAAGAUGUGAUGGAAUUCAAGUGCCUUGAUAUUGAACAGUCCCCAGCGCAACAGGGGUUUGAGCUCAAUUCUUUCGAUAUCAUUGUCACAUCAAAUGCUUUACAUAUGACACGUAGCAUUGAGCAUACGCUUAACAACUUGAACAGCCUUCUCAAACCUGAUGGUCAAAUUGCCUUUAUAGAGCUCACAGCGCCAUCUCUGAGAUGGGGUCUGCUCGGUGGGAGUCUUCCAAACUGGUGGGUAGGUGUAGAGGAAGGGCGUAUAAGCUCUCCUCUUCUAUCAACACCAGAAUGGGACAAGGUGCUCGUAAAGAGCGGCUUUUCUGGCGUUUUAGUCGAAAUGAGGGAUUUUGAAUCAGAUGAAGAGCAUGAAGCAAGUCUACUUAUCUCGCACGCUGCCAAUACCGGAGUGAAGGCGGGCGUUGGAAAUAUCUCCAUCCUUACAGGACAGCAGAGUGAUGCCUUGGCGGGUGAGCUACGCAGCGGACUGGUAGCGCGAUAUCCGGGAACUGUUGUGUCUAUCGUUCCGCUUGCUGAAGCGACAGCCGCUCCUGGAACUUACAUCUUUCUUCCAGAUGUUGCCGAAGAUUUCUUAGUGGGAGUAUCUGAGAAGGAUUGGGAAAACACAAGAAACCUCUUGAUUGAUGCCAAAGCCGUGCUAUGGGUAACCAAGGGAGCUUCUCUGGUUGGCUCAGAAACUUCUGGUGCGCUCAUCACAGGUCUGGCGCGCAGCCUGCGUGCAUCACGGCCUGAACUCAGCCUUUUCACUCUAGAUAUUGACGCAGAGUCGGCGGAGGCUUCUGGGAUUUUGCAGGUAUACGAAAAGUACCUCGGUCCAAGUGCUUCUCCCUACUCGGCGUCAGAAUGGGAGCUUGCUCUGUCCAACGGAAAUAUUGUGAUACCACGUCUGCUGAAGAACAAGGAGGUCAACCUCCAGGUUCAAGAUGCUACAUCAAAGCAUCAUCCACGCGAUGAGGUUUACACUGAUGUUGGACGACCUUUGAGUCUCCGGAUCAACUCUGUUGGAGUAUUCGAUUCCUUAUACUGGGCGGAUGAUCAAGCCCAUUCUCUACCUCCUAAGCCAACACAAGUCAAAGUUCGCGUGGAGACUUUUGCACUCAACUUUAAGGACAUGCUGACCACUACUGGCCAACUUGAAGGCAAUUCUGCUCUCCUCCUUGAGGGAAGUGGCACGAUUAUCGAAUUUGGAGAUGCUUCCCAGUCAAGCUUUUCUGUUGGAGAUCGCGUCAGCUUCUUUGCCCCUGAUGGGCUUGCUACUGUCAGCAAUGUAGAUGUCCGUCACACAGUCAAGGUUCCCGAAGAUGUCAGCAGUGAAAUUGCUGCUGCCGUUCCAUUGGCUUACUCGACUGCCCUUUAUGCUCUCCGAGACAUUGGCAGGAUCCAACGAGGUGAGAGUAUCUUGGUUCACUCUGGAGCUGGGGCGGUCGGCCAGGCCGCAAUUGCGCUUGCAAGAGCUUUUGGUGUUGAAGAGAUAUAUAUCACUGCUGGAAGCUCGGAAAGAGCAGAGUUCAUCAGCAAGACGUUUGGCAUUCCAGCUGAGCGUAUAUUAUCCAGCCGAGAUCUGGACCUCGGUCAUCGUCUUCUUGAGUUGACUAAUGGCCGAGGCGUCGACGUUGUUGUCGGUUCUCUUUCUGGAGACGCAUUUUCAGAAAGUUGCAGUGCCAUAGCUCCCUUUGGCCGAAUCAUUCAGCUGUGCGAAAGGGAUGUGGCAAAUGGUGGACGGGUUGAUAUGAAACAUCUCCAGAGAAAUGCCUCUCUUUCUGUCGUUAACAUGGGAUUCCUCGCUCGAGAAAGGCCGCUUGCGUUCAAGGAGGUGCUGGAAACUUGCUUCAGUAUGCUCCAGAAGGGAACCCUGCCGUUACUCGGUCCAAUCGCUACGUACAAUGCUUCCAACGUUGCAGAACAGCUUCGAGUUAUGCAGGCGGGUGGUCACAUAGGCAAGACGGUGUUCCAGCUGGACUCCAGUCUGCCUUUGAAGAUUCAACCACCAAAGCCCAAGCCUGCGGCUCUGCGCAAUAACAGCUCUUACCUUGUUGUUGGCAGUGUUGGGAACUUGGACACAGCAAUUGCCAAAUACUUGGCAAAACUGGGAGCUCAUCGACUCAUUGCGUGUCAAGGAUCUGGUAUUGAGGCAGUAUGUGAUGAGGUGAAGAGACUCGGGACAGAAGUUGCCUUCAUCCCCGGCAAUACUUCCACUCACCCCCUUGCGGAUCAACUUAGAGACGCAAGCGCGGGCGCGCCCAUCAGAGGAAUCAUUCUUGGGGAUUCCGAAAUAUUUGAUACGGAUAUCAAAGCCGUGACAUACUCACAGUGGUCCACUACUGUUGAACCCACCGCUAAAGGCAUCAUCAGCCUUCAAGAAGCCUUUGGUCCAAACCUCGACUUCUAUAUUCUGCUGAAUCGCACUUCCUCUGUUGUAGGUGGCCCUGAACAGAGUGUCACGGAUGCAAUUGGUGCGUUCCGGGAUAGCUUCGCUCAAUCUCAAGCCCGUCUGGGCUUCCCCGUCAAAGCUAUAGACAUUGGCACAAUGCAUAAAGAUGGCCCUGCACGUGGUGACGAAGACAUGCUGCCUUCUUCCGACGUCCGGCCACAGACGAUUGAGGAAGUACUCGCAGUGAUCAACUACGCCAUGCAAAACCCCGUCGCAAAAGGACAAAUCAUUUGCGGUGCGAGGCAAUUCGCUCCUGACCCUUCUUCCCCGGCCACACAGCGUCCAGAUGCUCGAUUCUCACACAUCUGGUCCCGCACGGCGCCUCGCGCCUCCAAAGGCGGCAAUGACGACGCCUUUGACGUGCAGGCCGCGCUUCGAAGCUCGUCCAGCGGCGACGCAGCCAUAGAAGCUGUGUUUACGGGCUUGAAGCAGAAACUCGCUCGCCUGUUGGCGGUUGCUACGACGGAGAUCCAGCCGGACCGCGCGGUGUCGACGUAUGGCGUGGACUCGCUCGUCGCGGUGGAGCUGAGGAAUUGGAUCACGGGGCAUUUGGGGGGACAUGUGCAGAUGUUGGAGUUGAUGAGUUCUUUGUCGAUUAUGCAGCUGUCGGAAGUUAUUGCCAAGAGGUCAAGAUUGGUGCCGGCGAGCAUGUUUGGAGGCGUGGAAAAGAGUUGA